AAAUCAGUGGGAAGGGAAGGGAGAGAGGCAGACACAACCCGACCGACUGAGAAGAGGCCCCAUAGAAAUCAAAACCAAAGGACAAUGCUUGUGCUUGGCCAAGCUCCCCCCGGCGGGGCUCUCUCGUCCACAAAAUGCUGCUCUCCCCUCACCUCCGCCGCCCCCAGCCCUUCCCUCUUCUCCAACCGCCGUCCCAAAUUCUUCUCCCGGAGAGGCGGAGGCGGAGCACCUUCUUCGAGGAAGGCCUCCCUCGCCCUCGCUAAAGCAGACGACGCCGUCGAUUCCUCCACCCCCGCUGCCAUCCCGCCUCCUCCUCCGCCUUUCGAGUUGGUGGGGCAGGAGGACGUUCCUCUGGAGGGCGUUAUCCAGUUCGAGAAGCCCCGCACCUCUUCGCCUGUAGACAAAUGGGGUCGGAUUGCAUUGCUUGCGGGUGGAGACGUGCUGGCCCUUCUUUUCUUCUCGGCGAUUGGGAGAUUCAGCCAUGGCUUCCCUGUUUUCGACGUUGAAACUUUACGAACAGCCGACCCUUUUGUUGCUGGGUGGUUUUUGGGUGCUUACUUCUUGGGUGGUUACUCGGAGGAUGGUCGUGGCUUGAAUGGUCUAUCCAAGGGAGUUCUUUCUGUCGCCAAGUCCUGGGCCGUGGGUAUUCCUCUGGGUAUAACGAUAAGAGCUGUGCUUUCGGGCCACAUCCCUCCUUACACCUUCAUCCUCGUUACGAUGGGAAGCACCGCUGUUCUACUUAUUGGCGGGAGAGCAUUGUUAUAUAGCGUCCUCCCCAAUGAUCAGAGCAAGAAGAACGAUGUAUAUCGGCGAGGUAGCCCAUUUGAACUAUUUGAGUUACUGACAUCUCUAGUACGGAGGUGGUAAUAACCAUCAUCCAUGACUUGCUUGUGAGAACAUCUUCUGGCAGUUGCUGCAACUUUGUAAUAUUCAUUUGUAUGUAUUUGUCUACAACUUUUUAGGGGGAAGAGUAAAUCUAUACGUACAAUGUAUUUGUAGCAAUUUUGAAGCCCGAUAAGCUAACGGAAUGAAGGAACUUAAACAGUAUCCCGCUGACAUCCGUGGGAUUUUGAUCA